CGUACUUCUCUGGGUGUCUGAUUGCAUUGUAAAUCACAUGACCUCUAUAUCAACACACAGACACCGUCAUCAUCGAAUGCAGCUAAGCUUGGAAGCAAAGCCAAUCAGUGAUGGAUUCCAAGCCUCGUCGGCUGCCCUUUACGGUGUCCAGCACCACGUCGUCUUAUACUUCAUCUUCUUCCCCCUCCUCCCUGGGAUCCAGCAGGCUCUAUGGAAGAUCCAGUGUCCUGAACAGUGAUCGAUUCACCAGGGCCACGCCCCUUAAACCUGACCUCGACCACCAGAGCUCUCGGUUCCUCAGCUCGACCAGGAACUACAGUAGCUCUGACAGCUGCCACUCCAGCUGGAAAUCCCCUCUGACUACCUCCUCUGUCUCCUACGAUCGCUCCUGGGCUGAGUCCUCACUGAGCAGCCGCAGCAAACUGACUGAUUCAGAGCGAAGACUGGGGACGUACUCAGGACUUCUCAGCAACACAACUGAUGAUGGGGAUACCAAACGGGCCAAACUGUCCUAUACCAACAGAGCUGCAUAUACAAGAAGCCCAUCCUCCUCUGUGACUGGCUCCUCCUACUCCAGCAGUGUCCUCAGCAGAGACUCUGAUUUGUCAUCGUGGAAGUCGUACCGGCCUCUGUCCAGGUCGUCAUCCUCCUCCUCCUCUUCAUCCUCCUCUUCCUCCUCAGAGCCCCUGUGGUCCAGAAGGGAGCUGGAGAAGAGGACUGAGGGGAGGAGUCUGUCCAGUGUGGCUGACAGCAGCUAUAGGAGCUCUGGACUCGGCUCAUCCCUGUACCGGCCAGACCGUGUGACCUCCACCUAUGCCCAGGGGGCACGGCCCAAGGAGGCCCUCUACUCUUCCUCUAGCAGGGAGAGCAGCUCCCUCAGCCGCCACCUCUCUUCCACCUACCAGCGCUCCCCACUGGCCCGAGACUCCACCACCUCCCGGACCACCGGCCACUCCCUGACCACCUCUACCCUCCGCACCACCAAGGACCCCACUGAGAGCCCAGAGCCCACUCUAGGAGUCUCCGUCUCCUCUCGCCCCUCUUGGUACACAACCCCCUCAGCAAGACGGGAGGCCCGGGACUCCAGCCACCCUCCCUCUGCGCCAACCGCCACCCCCAGGACAACCCCAGAGGGUGGCGAGGCAUCCGAUGGUCGUCGCUCCACCCGCCGUCUCCUCUCCCGCCUCUUCUCUCGGCGCUCCAGCCAGGACUCAAGCGGCUCCAGCUCUGGCUCCGCCUCCCGCUCCUUCGACUCGGCCGAGGACAGCCCUGUGUUUGGAGAAGGCCCCAGCCACGCAUCCGUGGUUACCAGUGAGGAGAGCGUCCGACCCGUGAGCGUGGAACCUGUUCCCAGAGGCUCUGACGCGGCCCAGGCCUUUGCCUUCCUGAGGCGUCGCAGACAGGGCCUGUCCCCGGUCCAGGAGGGCCAGACCCAGCGUGCCCCGGAGCCCCAGCCUGGCCUGGAGGCCUGGAGAGGGGGCAGCACCACUGGUGUUGGAAGUAGUACUAGUACUUCAGGUUCCUCCUGGCUGUCGUCUUCCAUCCAGACCCGCUGCACUCCUCUCUUCUCCCGCCGUAGAAGAGAAGGACGGGACGAAAGCGCUCGCCUGGCGUCUGGCGCCGACGAGGAUUACCGUGGUACCCAGUUCCCCCUCAGGAGGAGAGACACCCCUGAGGCCAAGGCUGACGAAGAUGAGGAUGAUGAGGAAGACGAAGAGGAAGUUGCGGCGGCAGCCUCUGGGGCGAUGGGUGCUAGCGCCGCCCUACAGGAGGAGUUGAGAGACAUGGCGGGGAGUAGUCAGCGUUUGGCGAGGUUCAUGAGCAACCCGUUGUUCCGCGUCCACGACAACGUCAUGAUCGCCGUGGACAUGACAGGUGCGGCCAGGAGCCAACCGGAGGGCCAGGAGAAGCCCACCUCCUCCAGAGACCCUGAGAGACUGAGGAAGAUCCAGGAGAGCCUGCUGUUGGAGGACUCUGACGAGGAGGAAGGGGACCUGUGUCGUAUUUGCCAAAUGGGUGAGGAGUCUCCCUCCAACCCUCUGAUCGAGCCCUGCCGCUGCACAGGCAGUCUGCAGUAUGUUCACCAGGACUGCAUCAAGAAGUGGCUGCGUUCCAAAAUCAGCUCUGGCACUAAUCUGGAUGCCAUCACCACGUGUGAGCUGUGCAAAGAGAAGCUGCACCUGAACAUUGAGAACUUUGACAUCAACGAGCUACACAGGACACAUGAGAAGUCUGAGUAUGAGUUCAUCAGUUGUGGCCUUUACCUGGUGGUGUUGCUUCACCUGUGUGAGCAGAGGUUCUCUGAUGUGCUGGGAGCUGCCAACGACGCCGGGUUUUUCAACCUGGCAAGAACCCUUCACGAACACAUGGACAAUCUUGAAAGCUCUUAUGGGGAAUCGGACGAAGAGGUGGUUGAUACCCGGCCGUCAAUCGAUUUCUGUGACCUCGAUGAAGACCUGGAAGAGGAGUACAAUUGACCGAAAGAGAGAGCGAAGGGGAUAAGGAAAAAUAGAUGGGGGGGCAAGCAGAAGAAUUGAUGGAGUCACCUGCCAGUAGCAACCCAUUCUGUUGCUCUGUUUCAUCUCAUGUGAUUUUACUGAGUGCAAUGGCUUGCGAGAUUUUUUUUUUUUUAAGCCAACGCCAAGUAGAUGGGAAGUCACUCCUGACGUAGAGGUAACGAUGUCAUAAAUAUGCAGACUGUCUUUAUACCCCCCCCCCCCCCCCCCCCUUUUGUUAAUUUCAUCUUCCUUUAGGUCUCCAGAUUUGAGUGCGCUUUAUUCUGUUAAAAUUCAAGAUGUCUUUUUGAACUGUUAUACCACGAGUGCUUUAAAUGUUUACUGAUCUACAAAAGCAGAUCCGGCCACCGUGGUGAGAUAUUGUGUAAAAAAUAAAAAGAUCCUGAACAUGACACUGGUUCAUUAGUUUAGCAGGUUGGGAGAAAGGAAAGGGCUGUUUAGGGAAGAAUAUAUCAAGUGGCAAAUGAUUCGCUUUACUGUUUCUUUUCCUUUUUGAAGUAAAAAAUAAAAGGAUGUUAGUGACAACUUUACUUUUUACAACUGAAUAAUUGACAGUUUGUUCUGGUUUUGUCCGUUUUCAAUGUCUGCGGUAUGAAAAUGCUAUUUUGCUUGACCCUAAAACUUGUUUUCAUUUAAUUAUUGCAAUAAAGUUUUGAAUGUA